AUGCAAUAAUUUGCAAGCAAAAUUGAAUUUUAAGAAGACUUUGAUUUCAAGAAUUCCUAGAUGUUAGGAUAAGGAACAUUUGGAAAAGUAUAUAAAGCAAAAGCUCUAAAAUCACUUCCUCAAGGAUAUUAUGCCCUAAAAAUUAUUGAAACACCUAAGUAUAAAAAUAAAUUAACUUAAGCGAAUAGGCAUAUGAGCUUGCUAUUCAGGAAUUGAACUUAUAUCAAGUGAUUACUUAUCAUUAAAAUGUUAUAAAAGUUCAUAAAGUUUACACUUGGAUAGAAGAUAUGCCAGCGAAAAAAUAUAUUUUAGUUUUUGCAAUGGAAUUAGCUGAAAAUAGCUUAAAAGUAGAUAUUGAUGAAAGAAGAAAGGCUUAAUUAGAAUUUGGGGGUAUUAAUAAAUAUAUACAUAUUCUAUAGAUUUUAUGUUGAUUGAUAUUAUGAAUUAAUGUUUGAAAGCAUUUCAUUAUCUAGCAAAAAACAAACAUUUGUUUCACAGAGAUAUUAAACCAGAAAAUAUAUUAGUUACUUGUAGAAAACCAUAUACAGUUAAAUUAGCUGAUUUUGGGGCAGGAAAAGAGAAUUUUAAUGGAUAAGCAAUGCUUAAUACAUUAGUAGGAACACCUUUGUUUCUUUCACCUAAACUAUAUAUUGCUUAUACAACUAAUUAACCAGGAAAAGUUAAGUAAAUUUUGAAUAUAAAUUAGACAUGAUUUAGAGAAAAGUGAUAUAUUUUCAUUAGGAAUUACAUUUCUUUAAAUGAUUUUACUUCUUAGUGAUAAAGAUCUUUCAAAAUUAAAUGAUCCCAUAAUAUAUGAAGAAAAAACUGGAAAUGCUAUUGAUACUAGUGAUGAUCCAAUAAAAAAGAAAGAAUGUUAAGGUUGGAAGAAAUUAUAAACUCAAAUUAACAGAAUUUAAAAUCCUUAAAUAAAGGCUUGUAUUUAAGGUAUGACAGAAUUUAGUGAAAGAAAUAGAUUUACAUGGCUUUAAGCAUUAAAAGCAUUAAAUCCUGAUUAUGAAGAUGAGUAAAUUAAUUAAUUAUUUUAGUGAAAAAGAUUAAUCUGUUCAUCCAGCUUAAAUUAAUGAUGAAUAAACAAAAGCAAUUAAAUUAUAUUCUAAUUAAAAUACAAUUUUGAGAUAUUUAGGAACUAUUAAUGAUUUAUCAAAUCAUAAAAAGAUUAUUUCUGCAGGUAGUCAAAUAUUGGCUUAUUCUAAUGAAGGAAUAAGAUUAAUAUCCUUAAACGGUGUAUCAGAAUGCAUAUUUACUUAAAGUAUUAAAUAAUCCUAAUGCAGACGUCUCUUUUUUAUCAUAUUUACAGAAACUUAAUAUAUGUGUUGGGAUAACAUAAUCUGGAGAAAUUUUUGGUGUAAAUUUGAAGACUAAAACUUUUAAUUGUGAAAAAAUUAUUAAUUUUUAAUAUGAUAAGAUCACAGUAAAUUAAAAAUAGAUUAUAUUAGGUGAUGAAAUACAUGAGAAAUGAUUUAUGUAUCUUGGGAUCAGAAAUAGGAGAAAUUAUGAUUUUAGCAUUUGAUACUUAACCACCUUCUAUAAUUAAAAAGUAUAAAGAUAUAGAUAGAUCUGUUGUGGAUUUAAUUUAUGAUGAUGAAAACAAAUAGAUUAUUUCAUCUCAUGAGAAUCUAAUAAUAUAUGGAAAAUAUUUAGCAUAUGAAUAAUCGUAAUAUUCUUUAACUAAUUUUAGUGCUAAAUUUCAAAAUGAUUCUUAGAUCCAUAAUUUACAAUUAAUAUCAUCUGAAUACUUUGCAGGUAUAUGUAAGAAUCUCCCUUAAAUCCCAAUUUUUCAUAUUAAAGAUGGUAUUUUUAAUUAUAAUUUUAGGUAAUAUUACAAUUGUGUAAAAAUGUUAAAUUAAUGGAAAUAAUGUACCUUUAGCAUUAACUUUAUCUGAUAAUUAUCUUGUUUGGGUUUGUGAAAAAUAUAUUGGAUCAAUUUAAAUUAGCACAUAAUUGAAUUAAUUGAAAGAAAAUAAAGGAAAUGAACUUAUGGUUAAUACUUCUAAACCAGCAAAACUUAUGUGCUUUUUACAAAUUGAUAAAAUGAUAAUUGCAAGUGAUGGAUUAUAACUACAUAAAUAUUUAAUUGGAAAAAAAUCAUCAGAUAAAACAGUCUGUCAAAAUUGUGAAAUUUUUUGA